CGGGAUCCCACUACUCGCUGAAUCGACUUUAGCCAUGCUCGCAAGACUCGGUGCGCUUUUAUUGGCUGCGGCGACGUUGGUCGCGACCGGACCAGCAUCGGGUAGCCUCUCGAACGGCGUAGAGAAGCAGCAAGCCGGCCAUGGACCCAUAAAACCAAAGGUGUUCAUCAUCAGCAUGUUCAGCCCCGAAGGUGAAACUUGGUACGGCAUCCCGGAGUUCAACGUGCUGGAGCAUAACAUCACCGUUCCUGGCUUCUCUCCCCUGUUCCCGCAAGUGCACUGCACGAAGGAUGGCGAGAUCUGCCAGCUCACCACGGGAGAAUCAGAGAUCAAUGCGGCCAGUACGGUGAUGUCGCUCGUGACGUCGCCUCAUUUUGAUCUGAGGUCCACCUAUUUCCUCAUCGCGGGUAUCGCGGGCGGCAGUCCGACCCUCACAACCACCGGUAGCGUCACGUUCGCCCGCUAUGCGGUUCAGGUUGCCCUCCAGUACGAGAUCGACCCCCGAGAGGCUGGGUCGAAUUUCAGCACUGGGUAUUUCGCGUUUGACACCGAUGCGCCGAACACGUUCCCGCAGGAGUGGUACGGAACGGAGGUCUUCGAAGUGAACGAUGCUCUGCGUAAAAAGGCCGUCGCUUUUGCCCGGAAGGCGACUCUGGUCGACAGUAACGGGGCAGCAGCGUACCGCGCGAACUAUGCUAGCAACGCAUCCUACAAAGCAGGAAGCUCUCCUCCGUCGGUGGUGGAGUGCGACGUCGCAACAUCCGACGUCUACUUCAGCGGCGACAUUCUCUGCGAACAAUUUGCUAUUUACACGUCGGUAAUCACGAACGGUACUGGUGUGUACUGCUCGACUGCCCAGGAGGAUAAUGCCUCGUUGGAAGCCUUGAUGCGUGGUGCGAUGGCCGGCUUGGUCGACUUCAGUCGCAUCAUCGUAAUGCGCACCAUCUCUGACUUUGAUCGGCCAUAUCCUGGCGAGAGCGCUCUGUACAACCUUGUGUUCGCACCGCAAGAUGGUUUCGAUAUUGCGGUCGCGAACAUCUACAAGGCUGGAAUCAAGAUCGUGCAAGGAAUCCUCUCCGGGUGGAAAUCAGAGUUCGAGAAGGGUAUCAAGCCCACAAACUACAUCGGUGACGCCUUUGAGUCGUUAGGCGGCAAGGCUGACUUCGGCCCCGGUGAAUCGUUGGCUGAAACGAUUGGUUCGCUCCGGAGGAGGAGACUCCCGUCGUACCGACGUAGGCGAUGAACUCAGUGCGACGAAAAAGGUGGUGAUUUUCCCCGUAAAGCAGGAGCUUCGCAGCCGACCCUGAGUCAGCUUGUGAUAAGUACAGUGUCUGCACCUCGGGCUUCGAUAACUAUCCUCGGUGUUUGCUCGCUGCUCGCUGUAGACGGGGAAACGUACUUCACGUGACAAUAAUUUGCAUGAUCUAAUUUUAUCUCUCGCCUGCUGAACUC